UUAAGGGCUUUAUUAACAUUGGGGCGGAGUGUCGACAAUGCAUUUGUAUUGAAACUUAAUACUAGGGGUGGUGGUGGUGCGGCUUUGGUCCAUCCCCCAACUUCGAUAUUGGUGGUGGUUAAAGUGAUAUGUACCAAAAGGACACCUUCUAGUCAGUCCGUCUGCAGAUCCCAUCCUGCGCGCAAUCGGAUAUAUCCUGCAGGUUUCGAAACGUGUGCCCUGGACCUCGAAUCUGUCACCUGGACUUGGCAUAAACUGGCUGAAAUGUUCCCGACAGCCACUAGCAGGUACAUACAGCCACUCUCCGCUGCGGUCGGCGACAUUGCAGCAUCCUCGAAACUCCUGGUGCCUGGACGGGUCAUUUCAUCAACGCGGAUCCCACAAGGAUGCUUAUCUAUGCCCAUCAAUCCCAAGAUGCUGAAAGGAAAUACUGAAAUUGUCCAAAUUUCAGUGGGCGCUAAUUCAUAUGGAACGAUGGAGCUGGAAGAAGGAUCGAAGAGCGUUUGGAAUCGCGACGUCCAUUGGGUUCGCGCUUUGCGUUUGGCUGACGAUUGUCAUAGCUACAACAUUCAGUUAAGAAAAUUACCUCACCAUUCAUCGAACUUGGAAAACGAGGAAAAACCGAAACUUGUUUUACAAGCAGUCAGAUCUGUUGAGCCAGGACAAGAAUUACUCUUAUGGUUUUCCGAAGAUAUUCUAGCUACUCUUCAUAUGGGCUUUUUAACUCCAGCAAAUAUACAAGGUCAAAAGAAUUACGUCUGCACAAGAUGUUCCGCACUUUACGAAUCGCCGAAUCCGUUGAAACUUCAUCUGACUCUAGGAUGCGGAAAGUUCUCUAUGACCACCCUCUGGGAUAAGCUUUCAAUGGCUCUUCAAGAGAACGAACACAGAACCGGACUUGAAUUUAAGUUCAGGUUAGUGCCUGAAUCCAGCAUGAUGUGUCCAAAGCAGAAGAUUGCGAUUGAUCUGUCGACGCCCGCCGAGAAAAAGAUCAAGCAAGAAAAUUUGUUUAAGCCGUACAAUACUUACAGCAAUUCCGCGUUCAAGCCGUUCCAGAAGAUCGAGAAUCGGAUAGAGAAUAACAAUGUAACGCCUUUGAUGCAGUGGCCUAGGUUUAACAUGCCCCAGGACUACGUGCACACUCCAGUUCUCGGGCAGAAUUGCGAUGAUGAAGCGCAAAUAGAGACGCUUGUGAGCAGCUUGGGGAAGUACAAGGAAGGGCACAUCUGCUUGUACUGCGGCAAAUCGUACUCGAGGAAGUACGGACUGAAGAUACACAUUAGGACGCACACCGGUUACAAACCUUUGAAAUGCAAAUUCUGUUUGCGGCCGUUCGGAGAUCCGAGCAAUUUGAACAAGCAUGUGAGAUUACACGCCGAAGGAGAUACACCUUAUAAGUGUGACUUGUGUGGGAAGGUUUUGGUGCGGAGGAGAGAUCUGGAAAGGCACCUAAAGUCAAGGCACAUGAACGAGAUCAAUCCAGUUACAAGCGUCAUCACCGACGAGGAAUCUAAUGGCACUUCGCUGGAAGUCAGCGACGAAGAUGAAAAUAUUUCCGUUGAUAAUUAA